AUGUAACAAUAGCCAAGUUUGUUUUUUUAGUGUCAAUCAUAUGUUGCUGAAUAGAGCAAACCUGUAAGCUUGAUUGAGUUUACAAAAGAGGAUUAGUAAAAUUAGUUACCUUAAGAAUAAUUAUCAAAUUCUCGAAAUCAAAUAUCAGAUCAUAAACCUAAAUUAAGCCUUUAAAAUGACAAGAGUAUAAAUUUGUUGUCAUAAUAUAGAUAGUUAAUCCAUACAAUUCAAAUUGGGCUAAUUUUUAGCUUAAUAAACGAUACAAAAUACAAGUUAGAUGCUAAGGAAAUUAAUGGGUUAUAAAGAAAGUGAUAGAUGAUGAACCUUCAAAAUCUAUGGUAAGUAGUAUGCCUAAUCUUCCUAAACCUAUUUAAAGUCAAGGAAAAUUAUUCUCAAAUACUGUCUCAAAAUAAAUUAAACAAAGAGUUAAUAAAUUUAUUGUAGAUUAGCAUCGAUAAUAUGCAUUAACACCAAACGAAGUUCUGUCUUAAUAAAAUUCAUCACUUCCACAUUUAAAUACAAACCAUAAUAAUCAUAAUAGCCAUAACAACAAAAAUAAAUAAAAUAAUAAUGAUAUUCACAACAAUAAUAAUAAUAAUAAUAAUGAAAAUAUAAUUAAAAUUCGCUUAAACUCAGAAUCUCCAAAAUAAAUGCCUAUUUUUGAUAUUAAUUUUAUCAAAAACCUUCAGCAAUUCAUAGUAUGA